CAGGAGCUACAGAGGAAGGAUCCCCUAUUCAAAUCUUAACAAUCCAGACUGCUCCUGCACUCAUACUCGUCUGCUACACUGAGAAGGAAUAGCUGAAGGAGCAGUCAGAAUGACGACGCUCUCUACAGCCCUGCUGCUGCUGCUGGUGUCUGGGAUUCCAGCUGCAAACUCUGAUAAAACUCCCAUUAGUGUCCUGGUCACAGACUCUAUAACACACACCCCUAACAAGACAUACAGCACUUACGUGGUUUACAGAGGAAUCUUACUGGGUGGACUGAGGAGACUGCAGGACUCCACCAAAGACUUUAUGUUCACCUACACAGAGGAUCCAAACUAUGGUCCAUUCCUGCAGAGUGUGAACGGUUUGCCUGGAGGUAAACAGAACCGUACCUACUGGGAGCUGCUGGUCAACACAACAAAAAACCCAAUCAUCAGACCUGAUGUUGGUAUCGGAUGUUACAUUCCUAAUGCAAAUGACCAAAUCAUCCUGAAAUACACCAAGUACUGAAGAAUCAGCAGCCACAGGACAUCAAAAUGGGACCAGAAUCAGAUUCAAGUGUUUCAUUAUAUGUUUCCUAGCUUUUAUUCAGCUAAGAUGCAUUGUCUUGAAUGUGUGAUCAUUAUUUUAUGGGAUUUCACCUUCACCUGGAAUAUCUUGGCUUAAGAACUACACGGUUUCCUGCUCAUUACUCAGUCUGUGGAAUGACACUUUAAUAUACUUUAUUAUGCUUUCUAGAUAGCAGGGUUAGGGUUAAAAUAAGAACAGCAUCCUUUACAGCAUUAACUGAUUUUUAGGUAAGGUUAAUUCUAUUUUCUGGUCAAACUAAAAAACAGAGCACUGUUACGGUCCAAUCAGUGCUUUUCCUGCAUCUAGCUUUUAGAUGUUAGUCAUUGUUGUUCAUCAUUGUCCAACACCUGACUGAUGACAGAAAUGCAAUGACAGAAACGCCUCCUCCUGUCUUGUCAGAGGUUCUGAAGUUUGUACGAUGUGAAUUUUGUCUUUGCUGGUUCCUAAAUAACUCACCAAAAACCGAAGUGUACAAUAUGUAUAAUUUUCUGCUUGUGAAUACCAUCUUCAGAAACACGU